CGCCCGCCGGGCCGGGGCUGCAGCGCUCGGGCCUCGCCCGCCUCUGGCUGGGGACGGGGGGCGGCGGGAGCGCAGGUGGCCUCUGCUGCUGGUUCUCCUCCCCUCCCGGCCCCGCCGUGCCGCCCUGUGCGGGGAGCCGAGCCCGCGGCGGCCUGGCCGCGGCCCCGGUUCCAUCUCUGUCCCUGUCAGGACGAGGUGGUGUAAGGAGGAGAAGGCCAAAUCAGUCCCAACGUCUUCCUCACAGCUUUUAUAGCUUCCUCAGUGUGUUCUCAGGGCAGAGAAGAAGGGACACCCCAGUAAGUGGGGUGAGGCCCUGGAACAAGUUGCCCAGGGAGGCUGUGGGUGCCCCAAUCUUGGCAGUGUUCAAAGCUUUGAAAAACCUGGUCUGGUGGGACGCACCCCUGCCCAUGGCACGGGGUUGGGACUGGUUGAUCUUUAAGGUCUGUUAAAACCCCUAACAUUCUGUGAUUCUAAGACGCGCUCCUGUGGUUAUUCCUCUUAUCCUUGCUGUUCGCAGCGAGUGCCCAGGGCCCGGGGGUUUGCGGGGUGUCGGUGGGAGGUUUGGUGCGGGCUGUCCCUAGCAGAGGAGGGAGGGGACAGCCGCGGGACAUGCUGGUGCCUGAAUGUGCCUUCAGGCGCGUUUGCCCAAUGCUGGAGCUCUUAAAUCGCACCUUAGGGCCUCCUGAAUGUGUUCCCCCCCGGAUGUUUAUGUGAAUACUGUGUCCUUAUACUUUUGUUGUGGCGUGUCUGCGGCACAAAACCAAGCCAAAAGUGAGUAACAGAGAUCCCAGCAUAUCCCUGAUCGUGGCGCUCCCUCUGCCGACAGCCGCCGCUCCGCUCUGCUCGGCCGCCAGGAAGAGAAGAUGGAAGGGUUGUUGUCAGAUCGGUGAUGAUAAAAGAAUGGAAUAGGACAGACAGCUGCAGUUGGAUCGUCCAUCUAUACUGUUAGGAGGAUUUUUGGCAAAGAAGAGAAGAUACCUCUAAAAUACAGGCAAGGGGUUAUGUUAUAGGGAGAGAUAAAGUCAAAGUCAAACUGCAUCAAUGUCUGGGAGCUUUGUCAUCAUCUUACAUGAGAUCUGGACUCCUCCCUUGGAUUUGAAGGAAGUAGAAAAACAAAAGAAAAGAAUGCAGGCUCAAAGAAAUGUGGGAAGAACACCAGUAUGGAAGCUGAAAUGAGUGAAGAUCAUUUAAAAGCCCAGAAAAUGAAGAAGAAGGUAUUGAGGAAGCAGGUCAGAGCUCAGCAUACGUUGAUGAGACAUGAGGGCAUAAAGUGUGUCUCCCAUGCGACACAGAGUCUGGUUAUUGCCAAUGCUGGUCUUGGUAAUGGGAUGAGUAGACAGCAAUUGCUCAGAAUACUAGAAGAAUAUGGAGCAAUGGAAACACUUUUAAUGCCACCAAAUAAACCAUACUCAUUUGUGAAAUACAGAACAACAGAAGAAGCCAAGAAAGCCUUUAAUGCCCUUAAUGGAAAGGAAGUAACAUUGGAAGACUGUGGCCAAAACAUUGUUCUGUAUAUUAAUUUUGUGGAAAAAGUUUCCUUGCAAAAUGCUGUUCCUACAAGCUUGCCUCCGGGCUUAACUGUAAUUGAGAACAUUAUUUCUCCAGAGGAAGAAAGGAGGAUUUUGGAAAGUAUUGACUGGAAAGCAGAUGAAGAUGCUCAGAAUGCCCAGAAGACUUUAAAGCAUAGAAGAGUAAAGCAUUUUGGAUAUGAGUUUCGCUAUGAUAACAAUAAUGUUGAUAAAGACAAACCAUUACCUGGAGGUCUUCCUGAAAUUUGCAACCCAUUCUUGGAGAAGUGCUUAAAGCAGGGAUAUAUCAAACAUAAACCUGAUCAACUGACUGUAAAUCAGUAUGAACCUGGACAAGGAAUUCCCCCUCAUACUGAUACACAUUCUGCUUUUGAAGAUGAAAUAAUCUCUCUCAGUUUGGGAGCUGAGAUUGUGAUGGAUUUCAAACACCCUGAUGGCCAUACAGUGGCAAUUAUGUUGCCCCGAUGCAGUUUAUUGGUGAUGACUGGAGAAUCCAGAUACCUGUGGACACAUGGGAUCACACCCAGAAAAUACGAUGUUGUUCAAGCAUCAGAACUUGGGCAGAAAGUUAGAACAAUCACUGCUGAUGUUGGAGAUUUAACAUUAAAUCGAAGGGAAACAAGGACGUCAUUUACAUUCAGGAAAGUGAGGAGAAGCCCUUGCAAUUGCAUUUACCCAUCUGUCUGUGACAGCCAGAAAGGACAGCAGAAACCGGUGCAACCUUCAUUUCCCCAGAAUGAGAUGGAGGCCUCAAAGCUGGAGGAAGAAUAUGUACACAAGGUGUAUGAAGAGAUUGCCACACAUUUCAGCAGCACCAGGCAUAGCCCAUGGCCCCGAAUUGUAGAGUUUCUCAGGUCCCUGCCAACAGGGUCAAUAGUGGCUGAUAUUGGUUGUGGCAACGGGAAGUACCUUGGCAUCAGUGAGGAUUUGUACAUGGUUGGCUGUGAUCGCAGCAAAAACCUGGUGGAUAUUUGUGGAGAAAAGCAUUUCCAGGCGUUUGUCUGUGAUGCCCUGUCAGUGCCAAUCCGCAGUGGUUCUUGUGACGCCUGCAUCUCUAUUGCUGUAAUCCACCACUUCUCAACAGCAGAGCGGAGACUGGCUACUAUCCGGGAACUGGCUCGGCUUCUAAGACCUGGUGGAACAGCACUCAUUUAUGUCUGGGCAAUGGAACAAGAAUACAAAAACCAGAAGUCUAAAUACCUUAAGGAAAAGAAUGGUAGUAAAAACAAAGGCAAGGAAACGAAUACUGGCACGGCCCAGAGACCACUUAGUGAGCAAGAGCCUGAAAAGAGCAGCCAAGACUCAGCAUGGUCCGACAAACUCCUUAAUGACUUCAAGGGUGAAGGCUGUGGUGCCAAGCCAGUAGCAGAUUUCAGACUGCCUGUUCACAUUAACAGAACCUCCUUUCACUCUCAAGAUUUGCUGGUUCCCUGGCACCUGAAAGGUGGUACUAAAAAGAAGGAGGAAAGUGUUGACACAAUGUUGGUUCCAGGUGGCUCCAAAGAAUUGCAGGAACUCAGCCCUGUUUUCCACCGCUAUUACCAUGUGUUCUGUGAAGGGGAACUAGAAGCAGUGUGCAGAUCCCUGGAUUCUGUGAGGGUCCAAAAUAGUUACUACGAUCAGGGAAACUGGUGUGUGAUUCUAGAAAAGUUGUAGCCUGUGAUGCUUCCUGUACUAUCUGUAGAGUUUUCUUUGUUUUUUACAGUGAAAGGUAUUUUGUGAAAGGUAUUUUUAAUGUGGGCUGCAGCUAUUUCCUCUUUUAAAAUAUCAGAAUAAAGAUUGUGCAUUGAGUUAAUAACA